AUGAAAAAGAAUAAAAGAAAUAACCAAGGUAGAGCGAUGUCGCGUACAUUGAAAAGACGAAAUUUUGCGGGUAAAAACGGGAUUUACAAUAUCAGGUAUCAUCAGCUGAACCGCCCCAAUUUUCUGGCAAAGUGCGUACCUGUAAGUUUUUGGUGCGUAUCGGCAAGUUAA